GGAUAGGCUGGGAGUUCACUCGGUCCAGACUGAAGGAAAUCCGACGUGGACUAUAAACCCGCAGAAACGGAUAGACAAACAGAGGCGAAUGACUGGAAGCGAACACGGAAAAGUUGGUCAGAUUUGCUGCUGUGGGUCUGAACGGUAUUUUGUAUCUGUUUUUUAAUCAGAGAUUAUUGCAACAUGCCACGGCGGACCGUACAAGACGUAACUGUUCAAGACGUGCAAAAGAGAAGAAACCCCAACAAACACUAUGUUUACAUCAUCAAAGUGUCUUGGUCUGAUGGCAGCAAUGAGAUCAUUUUCAGACGCUACAGUAGAUUUUUUGACCUUCAGAUGGAGCUUCUGGAUAAAUUUCCUGUGGAAGGUGGACAGAAGGAUCCGAAGCGCAGAAUCAUUCCCUUUUUACCAGGAAAGAUUCUGUUCAGAAGAAGCCACAUCAGAGACGUGGCAAUGAAACGCCUCAAACCCAUCAAUGAGUACUGUAGGGCCCUGAUCCAGCUGCCAGUGUACAUUUCUCAGUGUGAGGAGGUUCGUGUGUUUUUUGAGACUCGUCCUGAAGACCUGAACCCCCCUAAAGAGGAACCAACUGGAAAGAAGAAGUCAGGAGGAGACUCGUCCUCGGCCGACCCGCUGCUGUUGGAUCAGUAUGUGGCCGUCACAGACUAUGAGAAGCAGGAGAGCUCUGAGGUCAGCCUGUACGUGGGGCAGGUGGUGGAGGUCAUCGAGAAGAAUGAGUCUGGUUGGUGGUUUGUUAGUUCAGAGGAAGCUCAGGGUUGGGUACCGGCCACAUGUCUGGAAGCUCAGGAUGACCCUGAUGAUUUCUUACUGCCAGAAGGAGGAGGAGUGUGCCGGAGGUUCUGGUCACUGCCGAGCCAUGUUGGUCGCCGGCGUACUUUAGGGGAUCUGUUCAGCACAGGCUUUGGGCGAGAAGAAAAGUACACUGUGAUCUAUCCGUACUCUGCCCGUGAUCAAGAUGAAAUUGAUUUGGAGAGAGGCAUGACUGUUGAGGUCAUUCAGAAAAACUUGGAAGGCUGGUGGAAGAUCAGGUACCAAGAUAAAGAGGGCUGGGCCCCGGCAUCCUACCUGAAGAAGACUGACAUUCUCAGUCAGAAGACGGCAUCUGGUGCUCCAGUUCACGCCAGCGCUAAUGAUCUAGAUGUUGCUUGCAAACAGCAGAACGCCAGCAAGGAAAACAAGGAGAAUCAGAGGGACCGAUUUUCACCAUUCUCAGACAGCAAGCGUAAAGCAGGGUCAAGACAAAGACCUCCACCACGCCGGGAUCUUACAAUACCAAGAGGAGCGAACCUGCCUAAACCUCCAGGGCCUCCACAAGUAGAGGAGGAGUAUUACACCAUAGCUGACUUUCAAACAACCAUCCCCGAUGGUAUUAGCUUCCAGGCAGGAGUGAAAGUUGAGGUUAUUGAGAAGAACUCCAGUGGUUGGUGGUACAUUCAGAUAGAUGAUAAGGAAGGCUGGGCUCCGGUCACAUUUAUUGAUAAGUACAAGAAGACUAGCAAUGCCUCUAGGCCUAACUUUUUGGCCCCCCUUCCUGGUGAGAUGGCUCAGCUGAAGCUUGAUGAUACCUCCAGCAAUAACGCCAACUCUGAAGAUAGUUGGUCCAAACCCCUGCCGGAUAAACCUUCAUCCAACUCUGAUUUUCCCACUCGUCCUAAACUGAGAGAUUGGAAGCCCAAUGCAGUCAAGAGCAGUCCCCAUUUCUCAGGGCCUUUACCCCCACCUCCAUCUUCACCUACAGUUGAGGAGAAGCCAGCUUUACCACCCAGGAGAGAGUCCAUCAACAAGAGCCUGGAACUGGAUGACAAACUCAAAACAGACAUUUCCAAACCUCUCCCGCCCAAACCACCGGCUCCAGGGGUCAUCAUCCCGUUGGUGACCCCAAAAGCUGCUCCUCUCAAACCGGACAAACCCCCAGAGAUUAAGAAAGAAGAAAAGAACAAGCAAAUCCACCUGCGCAAUGAGAUGGGCUUGGAGUGUGGCCACAAAGUUUUAGAAAAGGAGGUGAAAAAGUUUAACCUCAAGCAUGUGGCAAAGCAGCCUCCCAAACCAAAGCCAGAUUCACUUGAAGAAAAGCCUGAUUCUCCCAGCCCAGCCACGUUCGUAAAGCCGAAACCAGUUAUCAGACCAAAACCUGCCCCUGCAGCGAAACCAGAGCCAGCAGCUAAGAACGAGUUGGAUAUCACAAACCUGAGGAGUAAGCUUCGUCCAUCUAAGCCUCCAGAGUUUGGUGGCAACUCAAGUGAACCUAGCCAACAGAAUGACACCUCGUCCAACACAUCCAACAACACCUUGAAUAAUGGCAGAUCACAUGAAGAGCCAAAAUGCCCCCCUAAGCAACAUAAUGGCCAUGGCCCAUCAGAAACAACUAAACUGCCUUCAACUGCACCAAAAGAGCCACCACAAAGGCCUUCUGUGGCUCCUCGAAGACCUCCACCACCGAAGAAGAGUGCUGAGCCUGCCAGUCCUAUAGAUACUGAAGUUCCUCAAGAAGACUUUCAAGAGGCCAAGCCAGCUGUUCCUACUCAAAUCAGACCCCCACCACCCAAAAUGAAAGCUUUUGCUCUGCCAGCCACCAAGGAGAAGGAGGAACCCAAACCCAAAGUGCCUGUGCCACCAAAGCCCCUCAUUAAAACAGAAAAACCUGGACCUCCGAGAGACAAACUCCCACCCCUGAUCAAGGAGCCGGCCAAAGAGGAGCUGUUCUUAGCUGUGGCAGACUUCGAAGGAGACGAGCAGACGCCUGGCUUCAAAGAGGGCGCUGUUUUUGAAGUGCUGGAGCGGAGUAGCAGUGGCUGGUGGUUUUGUAAAAAUGUGAGUGAUGGGCCAGUUAUGGAGGGCUGGAUCCCUUCAAACUACCUGACCAAGAAACCUUAGGUACUCUGAUACAGCUGCCUAUUAUUGAAAACUUAUUUAAUUAACAUCUUUUAUUUAUGGGUACCAAAAUAUAUAUAUUUUUUACAUUACAUUCCAUCCUUUGCAAGUUCAAACAUGCGAUAAUAAUUAGUUUGCUUUAGCUAUUUUUUUGUAACGUUCCCUUUGGGGAAAACCAUGUGUAUAGAUCAAGAUGUUCUUUCAGAUGAUAGCAUUGAACCUCACAUUACUUGCCCUUUUUAUGUUAAUCAAACCUUUUUAUAUGUAUCGCUGAAGAUGACUAGCAAUAUAUAAACAAUCUUUCAAUGCCUCAGUAUAAUAUGCAAAGUGCUCAGCGCUUUUUGCGUAGUAUAUGCAAAUAAGCAAAACGUUGUCUUUGUGCAAUGUAUAUAAGCAGAUAUAAAUUCUAGAGUACGAUUCUAUAUUACACAUGCAACAAAAUCUUACAAAUGACAAAUGCUAUAUUUCCAGUAUGAAUCUUUUAGUUUACAGCUAAAUGCUAAUAUCUAAUAGAAAGCCAUAGAAAUGACUUGGUCUUGGAAGAAAUGCUUCAGGUGCUACUACAAAGCAUCACCUUUCCUAAUUUUGCUGAAAUGUUUAAUGAGAAUUAUUUCUUGUUUUUAAUUUGCACUUUUCAUAGAUUUUGUGUAGAAUUCUGCACUGUGCAGAAAAAGACCUGAACAAAUGGCUUUAUGGUUUACAGUACUGCGGCACCCAUUUUUUUUCAAUUUUAUUUCAUGAUUAUCGCUAACCCCCCCCCGUACCAAUCGUCCACAUUUGUAAAUAAGAGUACUGGAUUACCUCAGAGCAGCCACAAUAUUGUGAUUUUUAAUGUCAGUAUUGCCCAAACUCCUAAGUAUUUUCAUACCACUGGCAAAGGUCCAGUCAUUGUCAAAUGUUUUUUCAUGCAUGCUUGACUGGUUUCAAGCAUAGAUUUGAUAAACAUGUUUAUUGUUAACACUACAUUUGAAAAUGAAGUCAUUAUGUUACCUAAAAUAUCAAUGUUGUUUUUUUUUAUAUUUUUGUCCAUUUGUUUGUUCAGCAGAAAACUAAAUCAGUGUUGAAUUAGUGCCCAAUCGAAUUUGUUGACAAUACCUGGAGUACUGAAAAUAAUAUGCUCACUAGUUGCUCUAUGGUCAUUAGUUCCUAGUUGAUUAUAAAACAAUUUGAUCCAACAUCCCAACCCUAAAUAAUGUGCAAGUGCCUGAGUUGUGAAUUAAGGUUAAGAGAGGAUAACAGAAUGUGUUCUGGUAUGGCUGUAAUUAAAAUACAAUUAAUUUGCAAAUGAAAGAAAAUUGUACUGUGAGGCAUAAAACAGAGGGUUAAUACCGCAUGUGUGGAAAGUGAUUGUUAAUCUAUGUACCUAUGUGUGCAUGUAUUUUUGCAAGUUAAAAGGAACAUAAGCAAGAUGACGUGGGAGAUUUGUUAACAUUUUUUCCCUCAUUUGUGUGAUACUUUGUUUGUCCAUAGUAUUUCACUAUGUAUUUCAAAGCUGUUUUUUUUUUUUUUUUUUUACUUAAAUGUAAAUCAAAUAAACAUUUCAAAUUGCUGGCGUUUUUUAAUUAUAUGUGUAAGCCAGGGCAGUUAUUAAGGGUACAGUUGUUUUGCUGGCCUUCAUUUAUGCCUGUUCUUUAAAGAUUUUUCAAAGAGCUGAAAAUAUUCUGUGUUCAUUUCUUUUGUUAUUAUUUAUAUAUGUAUAUAUACACACACACACCUGUAGAAUUUAUGGAAAUGGAUCGUGAUUGCUGACUACUUCUAGGUCUGCUUCAUUGGCAUUUUACAGGAAGACCAUUUAGAGUAGCGGUAAACCGAUAUUGGAUUUUACCAAUACCACCUAAGGUGGUGCAAAAGGCAGAUAACGAUUAAUCUUUUUUUUAAAAGAUUUAUGGAAUAAUAAAAAAUAAAUCCUUACUAAGAAGAGCACAAACAUUGAGGCUCCAAGAUGAAUAAAAUCCCAAAAGCAGUUUAUUGUGCAACCAAAAUCCCAGUAAUAACAAGAAAAAUUCAUAUUUGUUGUAUAACGGCUGAUUUUUUACUAUAAACAAGCCUUAAAUACACCGGGGACUCUUAUUUUGAGAUGACAGAGACUUGGCUCCAUUAUGGUACUCUAUAUAUGCAUGUACUAAAUGAAGCUAUAUAUGGCUUGUAAAUUCAGCAAAUGAAAAGUUUUGUAUAUAUACACCGUAUACAUACACAUUUCACCAACUGAGGUUUUUGUGAUGAGGAAAAAAAACAAUAUCAGCAACAAUUGGCAUAGAUUUUUGCAGAUAACCGAUAGUUCCAAAACAUAACUAUCGGCACCGAUUAAUCGUAAAACCGAUAUUUAGGUUUACCUUUAGUUUGGAGUAUCACAAAUAUUUCUCUAUAAAAUACAUUCGUAAAAUAUUUAAGAUAUUUUUUUUAAAAGAAGGGAAUUUUUUUGUUUUGUUUCUAGUUCAUUCAAUUAAAAAGCUUUCAGCUAAAAUGUACAUAAAACUGUGACGCUAGAGGGUUUGAGAUGAGGA